AGUGCAUAUUACAUGCGAAUACGCACUUACCUGUAUAACAGGUGAGGUAAACAAACUAUGAAACUUUUAUAAUCAUCAAAACUUUUCAUGUUUAAGACAUAAAAGUACACGCGUUAUUGGAUUAUUUCAGUGAAAGUGUUAGUGGACCUGUUGGGUAUGGAGGGAGGAAGGUCGAGGUACAAGAGGCAGCGUUCACUCUCGUAGACCCUACCUAUGGAUACUUAGUAUAAUGCAACUAGUCUUCGAGUCCGUAACACCUUCAUAAUGCCACCAAAACGCCACCGGUUGCCUCAGACAUUUCCACAUAAAAUUGUGUUUAUUAUUUCGUUGGUGCUUUGUUUGUGCGCAUGUGGAAGCAUAGUGAACGCAGUGAUAGCAUGGAGCAAUUAUCUUUGGGGAUACUACAUCGGGACUGGAUUCUGGUCUGGUGCUGUCAUUCUUUUGGCGGGAAUGUUUGGUAUUGUUGCCAGUUAUGUACGUAGCAUCUGCGCCGUGAAGACAUUCAUGAUUAUUUCUAUUUUCGGGUGUGUUGCUUCCUUAGGAAUGAUCGCAUUGGCUUCCGGUGGACUUGAUUCCGAGAGCGGGUUUUACAGUGGAUAUAAUAAAACCUUGUUUAUGACUCAUGUCGUCCAUGCGGUUUACCUUGGACUUGGCGUCCUGCAGUUGGCUCUGGGUGUUCUUUCUGAUGGAAUCUGUAUAUAUUAUCUAUUUAUCGGGAGAAGUGCUGAAAUUUAUUGCGUGAAAAAUGACGAAAAAAGGAAGCGCAAGAAAAAGCGCGAGAACAUUCGGAGGGAGGGGAAAGAUAGGUCAAGUACAGGUAGUCAGGUUCCGCUUGUCGGUGAAACUAAGCAAUCAAAACGGAAAAGCAAAGACAAAGAUAUAUCAAAUAACCAAAGAGGAUCGGAAUCCAUUGACGAAAAUACAGAUGUAAACGAAAUUUUCCCGAUACCAUACACUGCAACAGGUACCCUUGAUAGGCCGGCCCUGUUGCGUCAAGAAGCAUUAAUGGCAAGUGUUUCGCCUAUUCGAAACCCAUAUAAUAGGAGUUCGUCUUUUUCAACAUUCGGACGCGUUGGAGGUCCAGACAGAGAAUCAUUAGUAGUUCACCCGACUGACGACAAUGCGAGUGUUGCCGACACUGUCACUACCAAAGUUCCUCAAAGUCCUGACGAUGAAUGCCAUUACGCUCAGACGAUGUUAUUUGGACCCCCAGUGCCUAUAGAACAAGACGAAGUACUACCACCGUAUGAAGUCAUAGACAGUAACCUUUUGAGAAAGAAACCUAAACGGCGGGGUCUGAAACGCCCUAAAAGUGAAGAAGUUCAUGUUGCCGGUAGACAGUCACGUGGCCGUAACAGUGUUCCGGAACAGGACAAGAGAAAUAGUAGUAAAAGAAGUAGAACCUCACAAGAACGAUCAAAAGUUCCUCCUGGUAGGAAAGAGUAUCCAACUGAACAUGGCUCAUUAAAGAAACAUUCAUCUAAACAAAGUAGUGGUGAAAAUGCUGUGUUUAGGCUGAGUAAAUCAGCAGAUUUGCUGACUUUUGAUGAUGAAACUAAAGAUAAAAAGUCUCCUCAGAGUAAUUCUGGUUUACACGAACAAGGUGUAGCUUGUCAUGAUUUUGCUCAUUCCAGUGACAUGAUUCUCGUGAUGGACCAAUCAGUUCGUCUUAGACACAGACGUCCACAAAGUCAGACAAUGAAAAUCAAUAGAGAUAGACGACUAGAAAGAAGGCGUAAAGCCCUGUCUGCAGAAGUUCAACUGAACAAAGACCAAGAAAGAACUGGACUAGAACAUAGAAGUGACUCCAUAGAUGGGUCAAAUUCCAGUUUAUUUGCAAGCAAUAGGAUAAUGCCAACAAAAUUUUCGCUACGGCAACCUGUUCGCCAGAUAGGUAUGCCACAUGUGUGUUCCCCGGUGCCAGUAAAACCGCUGGUAAGUGUACCAAGGGUAAGCCCACCGCCUAAACCACCGAGAAAUUAUUCUGUCACGGCUGAAGAUUUAAACUACGAUGAAAUAGACAUGGACGAAGAGGUGGACACUAUCUUCGCCGAUAUAGAUGGACUUAACAAUAAUGACGAUGUGUUUGCAUUAAAAGAGACAUCCGUUUCUACAAAUGUCAUAGAAGAGAAGCCCUUAUUAUGUACAGAACGAAAACCCAGUAAGGUUGCUGAAAUUCAAGUGUCGCAAGUUCAGAAACAAAACACAUUCUUGAGAAGUGACGAUGAUGUUACUAUAGAUACGGCUCGCGUGCCUUUAUCACCUGAAGUCAAGCUAGACUCUGGUCCAGUUUUAAAAUUCAUUCCCCCAAAACGAGAAUCAAAACCACCUAUUGAUAACGUAGAUGGGACGGCUAAUAAAGAAACCAUAAAGAGUGGCAUUAUUUCAGUCGAUAAAAGCAAAGAGGUUCAUCCUAAAAGACAGUCUGCUGAUACAAUGGUCUUACCAUCAUCGCCAAUUAUGAGACCGCCGCCAAUUGCGUUUCUAAGAACAAAUAAAAUUGACGAUCAAGUGCAGAAUGAAAACUUAGCUGAAAACCGUGCGAAAGAUAACGAUGUGAAAACACAGUCAAAUUUUCAGUUUGGAAACACAAAUAAUAAAAACACAGAAAUAGUUUAUGCAAAGGUUUUAAAAGGAAGUCCAAACUCACCAGCAUCGCCAACAUCACCUACGUCACCUACCGCAAAAGUUCUGAAGGCAAAACGACUUACUUACACUUUUAAAGACAGGGAUGUGAGUGUAUUCGACCCAAUAGGCAAUAGCAAAGAAAUUGAAGAGACUAUAGAAGCAACAGAAUCAAUAUCUGUACAAUUUCCAGUUGACAAACCAAAGGAAACUGAAGUAGUAAAGAAAAAUGAGCAUCCUGUCGCUGAAAAGCAUAAUAGUAACAUUGAAUCUCGUCCUAACGGUAUAGUCCGCCAGCCGCCUUUGUCGCCAUCAGAAAGGAUUCUUCAAAGGAAAGCAAAUAUGACUGAAGUGCAGAAGGAUCUGUCGCCAUCAAAGGAAGAUAGACCUGUCAUAAUUCAACCAGCAAACACUUCUAAAGACUUUGACAAAAAUGUUCAUGGUGCAAGGCCAAAAACGUCAUAUAAAGGACUGUUUGCUCCUUUGGUUGCUCCAAAACAAUCUCAUGGAAGCAAAACUGAUACAAAACAAUUUAAGGCUGAAAAACCAGUUUCAAAUAACGUUACAAGCGGUUCAGGUAACAGUGCGGAUUCUCAACAAAAGAAUAUAAUACAACAACCAUCCCGUAUUAGUGGGAAAAGCACUUCGUUACCACCGACGUUGCCAAAACCGCCAAGAACAAAAACAAAUGUAAAUACAACCGACAUUAAUAGAAUAACCAGUAGUGUUCCUAACAGUAGUGUUCAGUUUGUGUCACCGGUCAUUUCUACGACAACAGCGACGAUUCCAACGUCAGGUGCAGCAGCGCGAGACGUUCCAGUAAAUCGUGUUCAAGGUAUCUCUGUGUCACAACCUAUGUCGCCAAACUCUCAAGGUGUGUUGCACCUUCCCCAGUCUCAAUAUUCUAGGCAGGUGUCAGGUACUGUUUCACCGCCUGUGGCGGCCGCAAAUAAUCCGCAUGUAGCUGGAGCGGCGCCAAAUAUUAACAUUAGGCAACAAAAUAAUGCCCAACAAAAUAAUGACAACCAGCCAAACAAGCCGUUGUUUUCGGUUGUGUUGUAGAGGUUUUCUGUCAUGCUUUUCAUUUCUGUCAUAUAUAAAUGCAAGGGUGUUAGCCUUUUGCUUACAAUGCAUUUGCAUGAACUUUGAAUUUCAUCGGUUUUAUCAUCGUCGUAUACUGUAAUGAAAAUCUAUGUAAUACAUUUAAGAGAUGCUUUUAGCAUUGAAGAACAAAACAAAAUAAUAAGAGCUAGAGCAAAUAAAAGUACGGCGUGCCUCGACUAGGGAGAAAGAAAUUUAGUUGUAUGUGUUUAAGCUAAUGAAAAAAUUGUACAGCAUCAUUUUAAGAGAAAGUAAGUAAGUAAGUAAGUAAGAGUGUAUGCUACUUAGGACACAUUAAAAGUAAUAUAUAGGCAAUUAAUUGAAGCUCUGCUCUUGCUUGAGUAAUACAACGUGAAAUUGUUAAAGCCAAUUUAAUACCUGUUUCAGCUUAAAAAUAUAUAUCAGGGCACUUUUAUAUGCAUGUAGAAGGUAAUGACGAAUAAACAAAAGUGGCAAUAUUUUUAUGUUUUAUUUGACAUGCUUGCUAUGUUAUUUAAGUCUUUUAUAAUGUUGUAAUGCUUUUUUUUUCUGAUAAUUUUUAUUAUGUUUAUCGCUGCAUUUAAAGCAUUUUACGUACAUAAAUAUGUAUUGCUUGCGCUUUUAAACAUGAAAUUGAAAACUAUUUAUUAAAGUUACAUUUACAAAACUAUAAACAUGUUCUAUUUUUAUCCGAGUGGUUAAUGUCUAUGACUUCGAAUCAUUUGCCCCUAGCCGACGUGGGUUCGAAACCUUGCUUAGGGUGCUUAAUUCGUCGUGUGAUGAAGCCGUCAAGCUAACCUACGGGAAGAUGGAGGUUCUAUCCAUGUGUCCGGUUAUGCUUGAAACAAUGUCCUGGUUCACCUGGGGUAUUACUUCCUCUUAAAAAGAUGGGGAAAAUCGCCAUACGGUGGCCUAAAUUGUGUAGGUGUGACUCUAAACCAAACAAGACAAUCAGUUUCACUGCAGCUGUGAUGGUCGUCUUCAUUCUAGUGCCCUUAAUUCUAUUUUUACUAGUUAAUUAGUAUAUUUCAUUCGAAUAAUACCAAAAUCUGUUGCAUUAUAUAGCGUUAUUACUUUGAAUCGGGAGUUGGGUCAUCAUGAAGCUUUGAAAAUAUGAUAAUGCUGCCACCUAUAUCCGUUUUGAUUUGUCUUUGCCAGAUUCUAAUGGAGUAUUACGUAUAAAUUCCAUGAGAAAUUUCGGAUGUAG